CAAAAGACAAAGACCUGGCCACCAUCGCUCCAAUCCGGUCGUAUUCAGUGAACACCACUCUAGGAUUUAUACAGACGGAUUUGACUUUCGAGUUUAGUAUUCUAGGGAAUAUUUGUUACCAAGGGUGGUCCGAAACACGAUGUUUUCUAUACUGGGUGACAUACAUCAGAAACAACAUGACAUUUGCGUCCAAUUGUCUAAAAAUACGACCCAACUGGAUGGAAGAGUUAUCAGACGCGGCAAAAUCAACCAAGCUAAAAGAAUUGUUUUUGCCCGGUACACACAAUUCUGGCUCAUACGAAUUCAAACUGCAAACUUACCAUUUUUCGAAAAAAUAUAUAUACACACAAGACGUUGACAUAAUGGGACAACUUUGUUUGGGAGCCAGAUACUUCGAUCUAAGGGUCGGCUACCACAACACCACAAAAGAGCCGUGGUGGGUAGCCCACAACGUGGUUUCCAUAAGGGCACUAUCCAAAGUGUUAGAUGAUUUGACGGCCUUCUUAGACGCCACGAGAGAGAUCGUCAUCCUGGACUUCUAUAAGUUCCCAACGGGUUUCUCUAACGACGAUUCGACGCACACGGAGCUGUUCAAAUUUGUAAACGAUCAUUUCAAAAAUCGUAUGACCUUCCCGUCGUGGGAGAGUACGUUGAGCGAUUUGCAACGUGAUGGCAGCAGACUGUUAGUGACUUUCAACCACGUGCCUAAAACGAUUUCACAAGAAGACUACCUCUGGAAAUCGGCACCCCGAUACUGGCCCAACGCUCAUUAUUUGGAAGAAUUUGUAAAAAAUGUAAAGUCGUACAUCAAACAAAAACAACACAAAACCCAAGCUGUGUUGAUGGGUGAGAUGACGCCGAGAAGUGGAGAAGUCUUCUUGAACUUAAACGGCGGACUGCGAAAAAUGAGCUCAACGGUUAACACCGAAAUCAACACGUGGUUUGGUCAAAAAGAAUUCAUUGAUAAGUGUAACAUCGUGGCCGUGGACUUUAUACAGAGUACCGAUAUUGUGGACGCUGCAGUCUAUUGGAACUCUAAAAAGAAAACAUAAUAGUUAUGACUAAUAUCUUCAGAGGCGUAUUUUUUUUUGUGAGAGGAUAAGAUUGAUCCCACCGCCCCUGUGAUCUAUAAAAUGUCUCG